AUGCCUUUCAUGAAAGGUAAAGCUCCUAUUCGGAGAACGUUGCAAUAUCUAAAUGCCGGCCAGCUGAUGCUCAAGGAUAAAGUAAAAAUAUUCAGUGUAAACUACAACACGUAUGGUGAACACCACGAGGGUGCUAGGGAUUUUGUCUUUUGGAACAUACCUCAGAUACAGUACAAGAAUCCGAAGGUGCAAGUGGUAACUUUCAAAAACAUGACCCCAUCUCCCUUCAUUCGCUGUUAUUUCGAAAGUGGCAAACAAAUGUUAAUAGAUAUUGAUUCUAAAAAUAGGCAGGAAAUACUACAACACCUGUCCAUCGUUGUGGGUAAAUCUGAAGCGACACUGAAAGCGGAGGCCAAACUUGCAGAGAAACAGGACAAUCCAGCAAAUUUCGGCGUCGGCUGCAUGAAGCACUGUAUCUGCGAAAUCCAAGGACAAUUGCCAUGUCCGGGCGUAGUACCAGUGCCAAAGCAUAUGCGCGGAAAGUUUAAAUAUCAAAUGAAGGAGUAA